ACAAGACACGCCUCUUCCCUUUGGAGGCCAUGCGGUCAGGUUGUGGUUGGUAAAUAAAUGCUAAAUGUUGACAUCCGCCUCGGACGGAUUUUUUUCUGGAUGAACUCUGACUUCCGUGGAGCAAUUGAUGCCAAAAUGUCUGCGGACGUCGUAAACCUCCAGGCGCAAGUGGAGACGGUGCUGGGGGCGCUGGUCAAAGCGGCUUCGGUGGAGUUGAUCAAACUGUUUGAAAGCAGAUACCGAGCCUCGGCUGUGGACGUGGGCCGCAAAGAAGAAGAGGAGCGAAACGGAGGCUUGGAGUCACUCCGCGGCGUGUGGAAUGGGGACAAUAAACGAAGCAUUGGUGUGCAGGUUGAGGACGAUAUCAAGCCGCCAGUGGAGAUUGACUUUACUCUUCCGUUUGCUGAGGGUUGUUUGAGGGAGCCCAAUAAAGAGGUAGUGGAGGGCUGUCUAGUUCCCUCCAAAGUCCUGCUGGCUGAAGAUACUAACCAUCAGCAGGCACCUCUAAAAGAUCAGACUAUAGCAGAUUCUGUGGAUAAGGUGGAGCCAAGCCGCCUUGCAGCAGAGUUUCCAGCUGAUGGUGAUGCUCCAAUAGAAGUUGUUUUACCCGUCUCUGCAAAGACAUCUUCUGGAACAUCAAAGUGUAGAUCUACCCAGAUGUUACCAGUUAAACCGAAGCCUCUUCUGAUUCAACCAGAUACAACCAGCUCGACGUCUUCUGGAGAGAAGGUGAAGUUUGUUUGCCCCCUAAUCCUUAAGCCUGACUCUUCAGUUCCUAAAGCUGAGAGCUUAGAGAAGCCCGUCCAAGCUGAACCUCAGCAGGCAUGUGUCAGCACGGCCAAAGGGACCGCCUACAGUCCGUCCCCAUCCGAUGGAGCAGUGACUCCUGGGCAAGUUGGAGUGUGGGAGCGUAUCCACUCACCGAAGGACACUAAGAACCAUCUGCAGAUGAAGCUGAAGCUCACCUCUCCAGAUCAAAAGUUGCUGCUUCCCUGUGCAGUACAGUUGGUCAAUUUGCUCACAAUCCCAGAGAUCAAGACUGAGGGUGAUGAUGCUGCGAGGGCUCUCAACGCUAACAAAAAACCAGACAGGACUCUGCCCAAAGACCUGCGUCGGCACCAAGGUCCCCACACGGGACAUCGCCUCUGCUGCUUCACCAGGUGCGAAAAUGACAUUUGGCGCCUCCAGAACAUUGUCACACACUCCCGUGACGGAUAUGUCUGCAGCAUCUGCGGAAAAGCGUUUAAGCGAAGGAAGAUCCUCCGGCGACAUGAGCGCUUCCACACCGGGGAGAAGCCGUACACAUGUUCCAAGUGCUCCAAGACGUUCGCCCUGAGGAAGAGCCUCCGCCGCCACCUGAGGUUCCACACUGGCGAGAGGCCGCACACCUGCUCACAGUGUGGCAAAAGCUUCCGGCUGCGAGACAACCUGAAGGCGCACCUGAGGAUUCACAGCGGAGAGAAGCCGUUCAGCUGCGACAGGUGCGGGAAGAUGUUCAGGAUCAUGAGGAAUCUGGAGAAACACAAACUGAGUCAGUGUGAUUUCUUCGUUCCCUCAUUCAGAAAAAUUGCAGGCUUGUCUCUGUGAAGGUGACGGCGGUGACACAUCAUUGUCUACCUCAGAUUGGAAACACUGAACUCUUUAAGCUAAAACGAAUCCUCAUCAGUUCCUGAUAUUUUGUUUCUGCUGGAAUGAUCCCAACCGGUGUUGGUGUUCUGGGUUUAUGGGAACAUUUUUGUCCAACUGAAGGUUCUUUUCUACUUUUACCUGUUUCUCAGUCUUUGGAUUUCUCCUGUUACUGAGAACCAGCUCCGAGGCGAGGCACCUGGCAAAUGCGAUGGAACCAGUGCAUACGAAGGAUGAUUGUUCAUGUUUUUAACACACAGAUGUGACGCAGAUAAGUUUUGGCUUUGUGAAAUCAACUAGUUGCUGAAAGCUUUAUAUAACCUUUGACCCUUUCGCCAAACACUUAAAACCAGGACAUUUUGGGGCUGUCUCUGUGUGUUUUCUGUAUGUACUCUGGACUUGAAAAUGCAGUCGUGAUGUGGGGUAAAGUUGACUUGUAGACCAGCUUGUGUGUUUGGUGGGGUGCAUCCUGUAAGCCUGACACACCCGUGGACUUUAAUAGAAAACACACCGGGACCACCGCUGUAAGACGUCUGAGACGGAUAAUUUGACACCCAAUAACACACGUUGGAUGGGGUUCAUCGAGACAACGCAUCACUGGACUUUGAAGCAGUUGGUGGUCAGCAGCCAGAUGUGUCAGGUGUGGGAUGAUGACACUAAUUUGAUGUUCUACAUGAUGCUGGCUUUAUUGGUGGUUUCUGAAUGAUACCAGGCAGAAGAGGGUUUCUGUCUGUGGUAAUAGAAGUAUGGAACCAUUCUGUUAAACAGGUUUCCAUCUCUGUUGUUUACUUGUAGUGAGUCUGAUGGCUCACCUUUGUGUUUUCUGAAUUUAGAUCUCUCCUUUUUGCUGAUUUCUUACAAUCCGCUCCCAUUCUUUCUCUCCAUUUUUUUCAAUUUUCUGUUCCUUUCCCUCCUCGUAAACUGUCCAGUUAACUACAUUUUGCAAAUGUCUUUUCACAAAAAAUCUGCCCCUUUUUGUUUGUUCUUGGUCCAACUUCUAGAUCCAACUGAGAACAACUGUCUUAGGUCACAUGAUUAAUGAGGGAUUUUUUUGUUUUAUUUAUUGUUAAACUGGAGAUUCAUUCCAAUUGGUUAGCUGCAGCAGGUUGUUAUGUGCUCUGGAGACUCGUAUGCUUGUUUUGGUUCCUGUUUUUGAUUUGGUCUAUAUAGCCUAAAGUUAUCAGUUUUAACCUAGCUUUUAUGUUUAUUGCCAUUUAUGCCGUUUUUGUUCUCCAUUACAAAUCAGACGAUUGACAAUCCUCUAAGAGGGUUAUAUUGAGUCAGCACUGUAAUUUACUGGUUUGUAUUUUUGUAUUUGCAUUAACUCCUUAGACUCUCUCAUUUUAGCUGCAGGUAAUUUCACCCCUGUGUAGGGUUGUAGGGUUCGGGUUGUUUUUGUACCCGACCUACACAGGUGCCAUCUGCCACAUGAUGUUUUAUAUGGACCAUGGGUUUAUGUUUCGUGUCUGUUUUGACAGCCAGCCAUUUUAAAGUAGUUUUCUUUAAUCCACUCACAGUCUACUGUAGGGAAAGUGGGCUACAUGUAAGAUAUCUAAAGGCAGGAAGUCACUUGGGUAUUGUGUAUUGAUCAAUUGAUCAUAAUUAAUAUUUUUUUUGAGUCAACUGGCCCAAACAGAUCAGAUACAGUCACAUUAAAUUGUGUGUGGUAUUUUAGUAUUUGCAUGACCAUUUAUCUCAACAAAUUGACAACAAAAAAAAUGCAAUGGUAGACAGUGGCAGCAAAUUGACCCGGAGCCUCCUGUUCACACAUGAGCUCAGGAAAUGUAAGAAUGAUCUAGUCUAGACAUAAUUGAUGAGAUAUCUGCGUAAAGCAGGAAUCAUUGAGACGGGACGUUUUGUGAAAGCAUGCUGUGGAAUUCAGUGUUUGGUCUGUUGCUUUCUGAGGGAAGAAGACGAGGUCAGUGACUUAUCUGCAUUAUAGAGGCUAGUUUUGCACUGAUUGGAAAAUGGUGUGUCUGCACUGCUCCGUUUACAAAGGCUCAUCCAAGCAGUAUGCAAAUUAUGCAUUAGAGAGGCACAAAUCUGUAGCUAAGCGUCCCAUGUGACUCGCACACUUCUUACUCCUUCACCUAAAGCCUAGAAAAAGACUCCAAAAGUAGAGGCGUGGAGAGUCCAAUAAGGUUUCCUGGGUACAAGGACCAAACACAGUUUCUGAGAUGCUAAACGUUGUGUGUGUGUAAGACUUAUACUGGUGUACAUUUGUUUUGUUUUGUUUUUUACUGCUUUAUUUUAAUGCUUCAUUUAUGUUGUUUUUUAUUCAUUUAAAGAUUCCUGAAUGUGAAUAGACGUCAUUCCAAAAAACAUUUUGUCAACUUGUUUAUUUCUGAAGUUCAGUGAUUAGGGACAAAAUAUUAUUUCAGUUUGUCCAGUCAGCUUUUGUUGCUCAAGGAUGCAGUCAGACCUGCAGGUUUAAGAUUAAAAAGUCAGAUGUGGGAUUUGGUUUCUAUACAAUACCACUAUAGAUGAACGCUCAGGAUUUCCUUUUCUUCAGGUUUUCUUUACCAUUAAUCACCGCAUGGAGGGAAAAACAGCAUGUUCCUCAAAACGUCCUGUCCUUAUGUUAAGUUUAGCCAGGUCAUAAAAAUGCUUACUCUAGAAAAUAUUUUAUGUUGUGUUAAAACAACAUCUGAGAAAUUCCAGAUGUUCUUACCAGGAGCAGGAACCAGGAACUGUUGUUCCACUUCGCUAACCUACAUAACAUAUAGGAGGGAAAACAAAAUGAGUCUUUUUUUAUAUGCAUAUAUUCAGAGGAAGACAAGGUUGAAUUAGUGCCAAGUUAAAACCAUACACUUUUUAAAGUUUUGUAAGGAUAUCUUAUCAUGAUAAAGUCCUUUUACUGCUGUAGGGUGUUUCUGGAUAGCACCUGGGGUCCAUUCCUACCUGAUGACAACAACACACUAGGAUGCUGUGAGAAUGUAUCGGUGCUGGUCUGAAUGGCCUUGAUGAACUACUGAGCUGACUUUGUAACAUGUUUUCACUUUCAGAUACACAUUUCAAUAUUAACCAACAGAAGAACAAUAAAUCAUAUCUUAUAUUUAGUUUUCAAAGACUGUUUUAAAACUUUUUAAAGUUCUCAAGAUGUAUACUUUAUAUUAACAGAUGAAUGUGUUCAUCUUUUUUAACUGCUGUUGGUAAAUAAAUCGUGCAUUAUCAAAAAUAAGAA